UAUAUGCACCAUCACCAUCUCCAUCUCAUAUCUCCAUUCAUCUUAACCAUGGCGAAAACCUUAUCUGCUACAAGUAUCUUACUUGUCUUUGCCUUGAGCACUUUCUGGCUCUCCAAUGCCGAAAAAGUUGUACUAUCCAAAGCUCCACACACCAAGAAUGAAGUGAUUAUUAUGGCGGAAGCAACAACAAUGGAAAGAGUUAAUGAUACACAUUUGAACAAAGUUUGUCAUUUAUGCGAAGAUGUGACAGACGAGAUACUUAAAGUCCUUCGAUCAAAGAAAAUGCAAAAGGGGAUCAUGAAUAUCCUCCAUGGAACAUGCUCUCUACUCUUUAACUUAAAGCCAAAGUGUAUGGCGACAGUAAAUUCAUAUGGCCUUGUCUUUUUUACAAUGGUACAAAUAGUACAACCUAGAACGAUUUGCAACUCGGUUCAUCUUUGCUCACCAAACCCUGCUAAUUCCACGACGUUUUUCAUGUCCGAGGAUAAAUGUGAUGUUUGUCACUAUGUUGUCGGAAAAGCCCUAACUGAAUUGAAGUAUCCUAAUAAGCAGUUAGAGAUCAUGAUGGAAUCAGUUUUGAAGAACUCUAUAACAAUGAAGAGCAUCGAGGAGAAGCAGAUUCUAAAUUCGGAAUUUGCGCCCAUGAUCUUGGACAACACUAAACACUUUCUUGAAGCAAUGGAUCUUUGUGCUAUGACGCGAGCUUGUGAUUCACGUUAUUCUUCCGAUGAAUGAAGAACUAUUCAGUAUUUUUGUAUCUUAAGAAAUGGAAAACAUUUCAAACCAUUGAAAUUGUUGUAUGUGAACUACCUUGGCAAGAGGACAAUAAUAAUACCAAGAUCAAUAAUUUUGUCCCUUGUAAAACAGAGUGUCUGUGUGUGCAUGUGUUGUCAAUGUUUCUCCAAUGAAUAUUAUACAUUAAGAAACUUUGUUGUUUUAUUCUGUUUGUAUAUGAUUAUUAAGGUGUGAAUGAUUUUUACA